AUGCCGUCCGCGCAGGGAGAAGUCUCCUUCUUCGAGGUCGCCACGACCGUUCCGUUCAGUCAUGAGCUCUCGAAACGCCACGUGGCACAGAACCAGCACGCCGCCUUCUGGAUCUCCAUGCUCUACGUCGUCGUCAUCUUCGGACUGAAGGCCGCUAUGACGAACCGAAAGCCGUUCGAUGUGAGUGUGAAAUGUCAAUUGCAUAGACUUGAACUGUCGAGUUUCAGCUGACGGGUCCGCUGAACCUCUGGAAUGCCGCUCUCGCGAUCUUCUCGACCGCCGGCUCGCUGGCCACCUCGGUCGGACUCCUCCACGAGUUCUACACCCGCGGUUUCUUCGCCUCCUACAUCCACAUUGGCGACUUCUACAACGGCCUUUCCGGAUUCUUCACCUGGUUGUUCGUGCUCUCGAAGAUCGCCGAGUUCGGAGACACGCUGUUCAUCGUGCUGCGCAAGAAGCCGUUGAUGUUCCUCCACUGGUACCACCACGUGCUCACCAUGAACUACGCGUUCAUGUCGUUCGAGGCGAACCUCGGCUUCAACACGUGGAUCACGUGGAUGAACUUCUCGGUACACUCGAUCAUGUACGGCUACUACAUGCUUCGCUCGUUCGGCGUCAAAGUGCCCGCGUGGAUCGCCCGCAACAUCACCACCAUGCAGAUCCUCCAGUUCGUCGUCACCCACUUCAUCCUCUUCCACGUCGGAUACCUCGCCCUGACCGGACAGUCCGUCGACUCGACCACCGGCUACUACUGGUUCUGUCUGCUCAUGGAGAUCUCCUACGUCGUCCUCUUCGGCAACUUCUACUACCAAUCGUACAUCAAGGGAGGCGGCAAGAAGUUCAUCGCCGAGAAGAAGCCCGAGAAGAAGGCCGAUUAA